AAAAGUUUAUGAAAACAUCACUGUCUUUUGCUUGACGCAGUCGGGUAAAAAUUUUUACAGUAAGCUAAACUUAUUGUAACCACAAAAGAGAUAGGCACAGAAGGUUGGCUCCAUACAACGAGUGACGACAGAUGCACGUAAACAUAGACGGGUACGUACAUCAGUUGCAUGGAUCCAUGGCAAGUCGUGAGCCAGUGCCCGCGCUUCGCUUUUAUGUUCGUUGCAUUAUUGCUCAAUAUAGGGAGCUGGCCUUCUAUACUUAUCUAUUUUGUGACUUGUAACCGUGUAGUAUUACAAUAUUGAAGACAAUGUAAACUAUCGUAUUUGGAUGCAGUCAACUGACACAGCAUUUUGAUUACACGUGCCAUUUUUCAUAUUUGGGAUAAUAUGACGUAGAUUUACCACUAUUUAAGAGGGUAGCAGUUGAAGUUCGAUUGCAAUACAUUUCUACAAGGGCUAGUAGAAUCACUGACUACCUACGAGAUUACCAGUAUCUACCAGAUCUACAAGAUGUCCACGCAAAUGGCCGAUCAGUUGUUCCCGUCUUCAGAUGAGUCAAUAGUUGACGCUCCAGUCCCAGUCAAGACCAGUAAAAAGAAGCGGAAGACUGCAGAGAAGGCAUCGGGUAGCCAGCCUACCGCUAGUAAGAAGACUAAGUCGAGAGCUACGGUGCGUGAUCUCUUCGGCACGGAUAGCGACGAUGACGAACUGGAUCACAGCGUCGGUAAAAAAGCAGCACCUAUCUAUUCCUAUGUUACGCGUAGGCUAGCUAACGGUUUCUCACGACAAAUUGAUGAAGAGAAAACUGGGGCUUUUUAUAUUGAGCUAAAAGUUUAUAAUAGUGACGAAAUCGAGCGGGUACCACCAGUCAAUCGAUGGCGGCACUCCGUUAUAACUAUCAAAAAUAAAACUAAUUCGGACACCGAGUCCUGGAGGCAUUUAAAUGCAUUCAUAAAGGAGACAAGGAAAGAAUUUAAAAACCGUACACCUACUUUUAUAAGCUCGUACCAGUAGAAUUAAACAGCUGUAUAAUAAAGAAUAGAUAAUGAAGUACGUAAUCAUAACUCUCAAUUAAUCAUUUAUAUGGACCUGUAUAAUCAUUAAACUGUAUUUACUAAUUAACCUAAGACAACUAUGUAUUUUAAAUGUAGUUUUGUUUAAUUAAAUGUAUGUAUAUCUUA